AUGAUGAUGAUGAUGAUGAUGAUCUCUAACUGGGUGGGUAUAGAGAAUGGCAGCGGCCAUGCACUGACCCAUAUUUCUGAUGAUAUAAGAGCAACUUUGGUGGACCAUGUCAUCAACCAUGGCCUGACCAUGAGGGAAGCUGGGCAGAGAGUCCACCCACAUCUAAGCCGCUUCACAGUGGCAUCUGUAAUAAGAACAUUCCGACUAGAAAACAGAAUGACUCGAAGACCUUCUGGGGGAGGACGCCAACGCCUGUUCACACAACAGCAGGAACUUGCCGUUGUGGACCUAGUGAGGGCAGACAAUGCCAUCCGUCUCCACCAGCUACGAAAGACAAUACUUGCAGACAGGCAAGUGUUCAACAACAUAAACCAUGUGAGCAUCACCACCAUCAGACGCAUCUUGGGAAAACACAGCAUCACCAUGAAGCAGCUCUACAGAGUCCCAUUUGAGAGGAACAGUGACAGGGUCAAAGGACGUCGAGCUGAAUAUGUACAGAGAAUCUUGGCCAUGGAUGGAGCUGCACAGCCUCAUGAAUUCAUUUUCAUUGAUGAAGCUGGAUUCGACCUGUGCAAAACAAGACGACGGGGUCGUAAUGUAAUUGGCCAAAGGGCAAUUGUGCACGUCCCAGGGCAGCCCGGGGGAAAUAUCACAUUGUGUGCCGCCAUAAGCCUUCGAGGGCUUCUGCAUCAUCAUGCAAAACUAGGUCCAUACAAUAGCCAACAUAUACUCACAUUUCUAGAUGCUCUCCAUAAUAUAGUUGUACAGAACAGACCAGAUCAGCCCAGGUUUGUGGUGAUAUGGGAUAAUGUCAGUUUCCAUCGGGCUGCUCUAGUCCAGGCCUGGUUCUCCAGCCACAAUCAACUUGAAGUGGCAAUGGAACAGGCCUGCAGCGACAUUCAGGUAACAGCAAUCCAUGGAUGGUUUCGACAUGCAAGGGGAUAUUUUCCCCGGUGCCUAGCGGGAGAAGACAUUGCUUGCGAUGUCGAUGAGGUCCUGUGGCCAGACCCCAACAGACGGCGGGAUCCAUGA